AUGGAUUCAAGGACAGUAGGGAUUCUAGGUGGUGGCCAGUUGGGGCGGAUGCUCGUUGAGGCUACAAACAGACUGAAUGUUAAGACAUUGGUUCUGGAUGCACCAAACUCGCCUGCCAAGCAAAUUACGAAUUCUACCGACCACGUCGAUGGUUCAUUUACUAAUUCGGAUGAUAUCAGGAAACUGGCUGCUAAGUGUGAUGUGCUAACAAUCGAAAUUGAACAUGUAGACGUUCCAACUUUGAAGAGUCUGCAAAAGGAAUUUCCUAAAUUAGCAAUCUACCCACUACCGGAAACGAUAGAGUUGAUCCAGGACAAAUACAGACAAAAGGAACAUCUUAUCAAAAAUAAGAUCCAGGUCAGUGAGUCGAUUGCCGUUAAGGAAAACACUCAGAAGGAAUUACUUGCUAUUGGGGAAAAGUUUGGGUACCCAUACAUGCUGAAAUCGAGAACUUUUGCAUACGACGGGAGAGGUAAUUUUGUAGUUAGUGGGAAAGAUUCAGUGGAUGCAGCGCUGGACGCGUUGAAGGGCAAUUCUUUGUACGCUGAAAAAUGGGCUCCAUUUGUCAAAGAGCUUGCUGUUAUGAUUGUUCGUUCCGUGGAUGAUCGUGUACAUGCGUACCCUGUUGUGGAGACGAUACAUCGGAACAACGUAUGCCACCUAUGCUAUGCCCCAGCAAGAGUGUCGGAUUCCGUGCAGUUGAAGGCGGCCUUGUUAGCGGAAAACGCGAUCAAGUCCUUCCCAGGCUGCGGUAUCUUUGGUGUCGAGAUGUUUUUGUUGGAGACUGACGAACUACUAAUCAACGAAAUUGCACCCAGACCACACAACUCGGGCCACUUCACAAUCAAUGCGUGUGUCACUUCCCAAUUCGAAGCACACAUAAGGGCUGUCUUACACCUUCCAAUGCCCAAGGGGUUUACGGCCAUGAACUCGUGCGUUACAAAUGCUAUAAUGUUAAACUUGUUGGGCGAUAAGCAUACUCCCAAUGGAGAACUGAAAAUUUGUGAACGUGCUCUGCAGACGCCAGGUACCUCCGUAUAUCUGUACGGGAAGGAGUCAAGGCCUAACCGUAAAGUUGGCCAUAUUAACAUAGUGUCGUCAUCGAUGAAGGAAUGCCAGAGGAGGUUGGAUUAUGUCACAGGCUCUAGUUCUAAACCCGUUACAAUCUCAGCUGUUUCAAGAGUUGACGCCAUGGGUAAGAAAACGCCACAGGUUGGUAUAAUAAUGGGGUCUGACUCUGAUUUACCAGUAAUGUCUGCUGCCUGUAAAAUACUGGAGCAGUUUGGAAUUGGCUUUGAGGUCACUAUUGUAUCUGCUCACAGAACACCUCACAGAAUGUCGAAAUAUGCCAUUGAGGCCUCAGACCGUGGUAUAAAAGCGAUCAUUGCCGGUGCAGGUGGAGCAGCACAUUUGCCCGGUAUGGUGGCUGCUAUGACUCCACUACCUGUUAUCGGUGUCCCCGUGAAGGGCUCCAAUCUAGGUGGUGUGGACUCACUGCACUCCAUUGUUCAAAUGCCAAGAGGUGUGCCUGUCGCUACUGUGGCAAUUAAUAACAGUACCAAUGCUGCGCUGUUGGCUGUCAGGAUACUGGGUGUAUCUGACAAUUCUUACUUCCACAAAAUGCAGGAGUUUUUGUUAAAGCAAGAGGAAGAAGUUUUGGAAAAAGCCGAAAAGUUGGAGAACGUUGGCUACAACGAGUACUUAUCGUCCAUGAAAUGA